ACCACAACAUGCAUCAUUCCUCCAGCAGCACCUACCCAGAGGACAGGACAGAGAAUCCUCCCUCCUUUCCACAUAACAACACAUACAACUCCUCCUCCUCUCACUCAAGUGGUGGAUCCCUUCUCUCUACGCUCCUACAGACAACCAUAGAGAGUAAAAAAAACCUGCAGGAGAGCACCACUGCAUAUUACCCCCCAGACACUCCCAUGUCCAGCUCUGCCUUGACGAAUCUUAACCAGGUGGACCACCACAGCAGCAGUACCACCAUGGCACCUCUGUCUCCGGCCAGCCAGGCAUCCACCGGGGCCAGUCCCGCUAGAUUCAGACCCAAUGAGGCCGGGUUGACCCAGGACUGGAUGCUGGAGCUGGUUGACAGACACCGGGCCAAGCGUGCCAGAGUGGAGAACAUCAUCAGAGGCAUGGCAGGCUCUCCUCUCAGUGUUUAUUUCACAGGUGAAGGGUUUGGUGAAGGGGAGACCACUCCAACCAGUCACCUUCAGAGUGAGAUGUUGGAAAACAAGAGGAAACAGAGGGUGCCGCGGCACCAGGACCUCCCCGGGACGGGGGGCGUUAGCGGGAAGAAUACGGACGAUGGACAUGCAUUGAGGAAGCAGCUUCAGACCAUGCAGAGGCUCCUGGGUCAACUCCAGGCCAGGUUCAUCCAGGUCUACGAGAAUCAGACUGAGUCUGAAGAGGAUGACCACCAUAGUACUUGGAACAAAGAAUAUGUGGAGACAAAGACAUCUCCUGGUGAGGUGUUCUUGGACCCUUACAGUGAGUUUAACAAUAAGACGCCUUUAGAUAAAGGUAAUCUGGGAUGGAUGAAUAACAAGCAAACUGACUACCUUCACUCGAACCCAGACAACGAAGACAAACUCCUAGCAGACAUUCUCAAGUACGAACUCUCCAGAGCUGUAAACUCGAGCGUUGACUCAAUUUUCAAAAACAUAUCGCAUGCUUUCGUCAAGUCACCAGAGCUACACGUCGAGGAUGGCGGAAUGGUGGAAACAGAAGAUGAGACCGCGUUCCUCAGCUCCCCCGAGCCGGCGUCAACAUCCACCCAUGUCGACAGCAUGUCACGACUCCCCCCAUGUUCCGAGAGUGGUAUGGCCCAACAACUACCAGAGAUUCAAACCGAGGCUCUAUCUCUGGUUGUUCAAAAGCCUGCUUCAAUGACUCGCCAAUGUUCUCUAAACCUAACAGUGAAAAGGCCUCUCCAUUUCCACCAGCCUCCAUUCCUAUACAACCACCCCACUGCUCUACAGGAAAGCCACCAAGUACUGGACAACCUGAAACACGACAGCUCCCAUCACGAUACCUUCGGAGGGCUCCAGUGUAGACCCAGUACCAUGGGUCUGCCUACCCCAGAGAUAGUUGACUUACCGUGGGAUCCGGUCAUAGUGAGGUCCAGGGUGACCUCCAGGCCACCCGGGAGUCCUCAGGUUAACCAACCCAUGACCACAGGGCAUCAUGUGCUUCUGGACAGUCUCCCUCACAUCAAGAUGGACUGUGGUAGCUUUCAGAGUAUGGUGAAAAGGACCUCGUAUGUGCUGAAUGUAUCCUUUUACAAGAGCGUUUUCUUCUUCUUUAUUGAAGGUGUUUUUCCACGUGUUAUUCAGACAGAAAGGAAAUGAGGUGGGGUUGACGUGAGAGAAACAGUGUUUAACUAUAGAAUACUACCAUAUACUUUACAUUGAGUGAAGCCAGUGAAUCUGUGAUAUUAUAGGGGCGGCAGGGUAGCCUAGUGGUUAGAGCGUUGGACUAGUAA